CGUCUCGGUCAAAGCAUUCUCGUGUUGUCUCUCGUUCAGUAAACAUCAUUUGUCAUCUGAAAACGAAAAGAAAAUGGCUCGCACCAAGCAAACUGCCCGUAAAUCAACUGGAGGAAAAGCGCCAAGGAAACAGCUUGCCACUAAAGCUGCAAGAAAAAGUGCACCAGCAACUGGAGGAGUGAAGAAGCCGCAUAGAUAUAGGCCCGGAACUGUUGCUCUCAGGGAAAUUCGUCGUUAUCAAAAGAGUACAGAACUUUUGAUUCGUAAAUUGCCAUUUCAACGACUCGUGCGUGAAAUUGCUCAGGAUUUCAAGACUGAUUUGCGAUUCCAAAGUUCAGCUGUGAUGGCCCUGCAGGAAGCUAGCGAAGCAUACUUGGUUGGUUUAUUCGAGGAUACCAACUUGUGCGCUAUCCAUGCUAAAAGAGUGACAAUUAUGCCAAAGGACAUUCAAUUGGCUCGUCGUAUCCGUGGUGAACGCGCUUAAUUUUCCACAGUUGACAUCGAAA